CCUUGUUCGUCAUUAGUAGACUGACUGGUACUCAUCCGCGAACCGCAGUGAUUUUUCUCACCAUCUACUCCACAAUACUCCUAGAAUUGUCUAGAAAUCGACCUUUCAAGUCCCAGAAACAUAAUGUCAACUCAAAGCUUUGAUCCUAACAAUGCUCAGAAUCUCGUCGAGAUAGAGAAGCAAUUUGCAGUGAAAGCGGUCGAACAUGCUCAGACAUACUGGAACCUUCUCGAGAAAGUUCCUCCGCGUUCACUCAAAUUGACAAAGCUUGACGACGAGAUAUACGAACAUACCAUGUCGACGUUCCCUGAGUUCAAUGAGGAAAAUCAUGCACAUCUUGUUAAGCUUGACGAGGACUGGCUUAAGAGCAACAUUGGAAAAAAGAAGUGGAGAGAGUUUUGUCAAGUGUAUGAAAAAAAAGUGAAAGAUUACAAUUUUGGGUCUCUCAUCCGCACGGAUGCAAGGAAAGAGUACGGGGAGACUAACACCAUCUUCGUCACACGAAUACAGUUCUACGCUAUUGAGAUUGCCCGAAACCGGCUGGGACUAAAUGACGGAGCACAUGAAAUUGCUAAGGCAGAUGCCGAGAAGGAGAGGUUGAAGAAGGAGAAAGCAGCGAAGAAAAACGGCACAUCAUAGCAACAUCUUCGCAAGUCUAUGUACUGCUUCUCCUCAGUAUUGUGUAGCCUUUAAUAGUCCAUAGAAGUCAUCGCAUUUUUGCGGGAUUUUCCAGGCCCGGGGUGUCUACUCGUUCAUAUGCAUCAGAGCCCAACGACGCCCAUCUGGAGCGCUACUUAUGCUUCCGUCCACUCUACUUCCACGCCUGUCAUGACACCGAGCAAGCACUGCAGUAAGUACCUUGGAGUGCCCGGCAGCCACAAUG